CUUGCAGCGCCGUUGAACAAAAGAGAAAGAGAGCGAGAGAUGAUGAGGUAGCAACAUAGCAAGCACAAGAGCGCAAUUUGACAUCCCCCGGCGUGGUCUGUAGCCUAAUUUGACCGUUACCGUUUACCAUAGCCUGUAUCAAAAGAAAAAGACAAUUCGACGAAUUCUGGGUGGAGAUUUUAAUCGUAGCCUACUGAACUUGUGUAAUAUUUUCUCUUUUUUAUUACACGUUGCAUUUACAGUAACAUUUGGAAUUGUGAUCAAGAAAAGCAAAAUGUUAAGGAUAAUGUUUCAUGUCACUCAAUAAGAUCAGUUGAAGAAGAUCAAAAGUCCAAUCAAGACCAAUCAUCAAAAAGGCCCAAACUACCAGUGAAACAACAUUGUCCGCAUUCCGCCAUGGCUUCCAACACCAGUGCUGCCCCCAGUGGAGCGGAGGGAGAACAGCAGCCGGAGCAGACCAUCACCUCCCAGCCAACCAGCGCUGAGCACCAAGAGACAGCCCCUGACUCCAGCCAAUCGGAAUCCAAAGACCACUUGGCAGUAAUCAGCGAGAAGAUGGAGACCAGUAAUGGAAUGUGUGCUGCCAACUCCUCGCCCACAUCUUCCAUCUCGUCCCCAAAGCGACUGCAACACGCCAAACCAACCAAUGGCCGGGCGCGGAAAGGAAGCCGCUCUGGGUCCCUGCUGGGUCAUGGGGCAGGGUCUCCCAGACCUUCCAUCAGCCGUCAGCCCAGCACCGUGACAGAGGAGGACGACGGCAAACCCCCUAGAGACUACCUAAUACUGGCCAUCCUGUCCUGCUUCUGCCCCUUGUGGCCGAUCAACAUCGUGGCUCUCGUCUUCUCUGUUAUGUCGAGGAACAGCCUGCAGCUGGGGAACGUAGACGGGGCACGGCGUCUAGGCCGGAACGCAAUGGUGCUGUCCAUCGUUUCGCUAGUUGGCGGGGUCAUCAUCAUCAUCGCAGCCAUCGUCUUAAACUGGGGAAGUAUAAUAAAAUCCUGAGGGUCACCAUGGAAACCAGGAGCAAGAUCGCAUGACAGCACACCAACAACCAUACCAACCAGACUUUUCCCCUUUCCUACGAUCAAAACACUAUUCUACAAAAGUCGCCUGCAACCUACAGCAUACCCCUUUGACCCCUUUUUCGCUGCACGAUCAUGUAUGGCCGUCACCUCUACCUCCUACACAUCGGACCCCAAUGCUGCCACCUGUGGUGUAGUGCAGGGUAAACGUACGUAAACGUCGUUUACACACAUUUUGCUCCAGUGUUUAUCCACCUUUUGCAGACAAAUGCAUUGAAAGUAUAGGGGGCGUUACUUUAUUGACCAUCAACGGUGAUCAGGAGUCACAGUACCCACCUAUUUUUUUUGACCACUCGUCACUGGCUGCCACCAUCACUCAGAAGGUCGAAGGCGUCAUGUAGAACAACACUGAGGUAGGAUAGACGGUGACAAACCGACUGGUUCCUCUGAAUGAGAGAGAUGCGUCUAACGAGUCUAACUCUCGUCAACGAUGCCAUGAUCUCCUGCAAUGGUUGCCUGAGUCUCAGAAUGUAUUUAAAGUCUCUGCAUGAUUUUCCGGGACCAGGCUGCUCCUCCCAGGCUGUUCCAAUGUGGCAAACCAUGAAGUGUCUCUAUUGUCGCCGGAAAGGACAUCUGCUUUUCUCUGUAAUGUUAUUAUUUCCUUCCGCUGUAUCAUUCAUCUCCAGUCAGUCCACACCUCUGUAACACAACCAAGGGAUCCUUUUAACUGUGACGCCAAAACCAGCCCACCCUAUAGGAUAAUGUUAAUGAUGGCAAAGGAAGAGUUAGGGAGGGAGGUGACAGGGAUUGGAAUUGAUCUUUGAUCAAUGUGAUGAUGUUGAUGGGGAGGCUUUUUAGUUCUGAAUUUGUUCCAGAUGGUUAUUUUCUGUGAAGGGAGGGAGGAGUUAGAGACAGAUGGGACCAUCUGUACUUUAAUUUAGGGACAAACCUGGGGUCUCCAUCUCUUUGCUUCAUCGUCUUCGUUUACAAAUAACUGGAAUCUGGGGAUGAGCCACUCUGGGUUUGGGAUUGAGGCUGGGCUGGUAAUUCAUAUGCGCUCUCAAACACACUAUCGUACACCCUCCCCCUGCGCACAUGCACACACACACACGGACACACACACACCCAUACACAUAGAGUGUUAGAAUGACUGAUUCUCAUUGGCUGAGAGAAAGAGGGAGAUAAAGAACAGGAGAGGAGAGGAGAGGAGAAGAGGGAGAGGGGAUUGGGGAUAGCUGCAUGGGCUGCGGUCCUUUGUUUGGCACAGAUGGAGGCAAAUGUGUGUGUGUGUGUGUGUGUGUGUGUGUGUGUGUGUGUGUGUGUGUGUGUGAGAGAGAGAGAGAGAGAGAGAGAGAGAGAGAGAGGGAGAGAGAUGGUGUGGUGCUUGUUACUAAUGCUGGAUAAAAAGUCUGAGCAUACUAGACUGGAAAAACGAACUGAGCAGAGCUGGUUAUAGAAUAAACACAAAAGACAGGCGGUAAUUUUAAUUUUGUUGCUUACUCUUCAUUUCCCCCUCUUCUGUCCAUUAUCUAUCAUUUAUUGGUAACGUUAUUUAUUAAUUUGACCUUUUAUUUUAACAGGGUGUCCUAUUGAGACCAUGGUCUCUUUUGCAAGGGAGCCAUGCAUCUUACAAUUUAAACAACAACAAUGUUAUGACAGUCUGCUUGCCAGUAUUUACACAACUCUAAACAGUCUACCAUCUCUGGUCAGUUUGAAUCCAUUCCUCUCCCUUCAGUAUUGCAAAUGUAUUGCCCACUUUACCUCUCACCUCUCUAAUAUGUAGUCAUUAUCUUUGAUGGUUAAAAUUGUUAAUAUUCUAUGCAAAUGCCUCGCUGGGGUAUUUGGUCAGUUGUUACUCCUUCUCCACCGUGGUCAGUAUCAGCUCCUAUGUGCUUAGUGUUUGCCCUUGUCUGGUUGUUAUUCACAAAGCAGAAUGACCUCUUCUCCCUCUGGGAGUCAGUCAGUGUGUCACUGUGUGCCAAAGCCUGGAAUGUGAGCCAAGCCAUGUACAGUAGGGGCAAGGCAGUCUUUGGCUUGACUCCGGCUAAGCGCUCUGUGUGUGUGUGUGUGUGUGUGUGUGUGUGUGUGUGUGUGUGUGUGUGUGUGUGUGUGUGUGUGUGUGUGUGUGUGUGUGUGUGUGUGUGUGUGUGUGUGUGUGUGUGUGUGAGAGAGAGAGAGCGAAAUAGUGUGAGAGAGAAAUGCAGUGUAACACUUACUGUGCGCGUGUGUGUGUGUGUGUGUGUGUGUGUGUGUGUGUGUGUGUGUGUGUGUGUGUGUGUGUGUGUGUGUGUGUGUGUGUGUGUGUGUGUGUGUGUGUGUGUGUGAUAGUCUUUAAGAGUGUGCAUGUGUGUCUGCCCCUGGAUGCUGUUUUUAGGGAGAAGCAGGUGAGUCAGUCCCCUCCCACUCAGUUUAAAGGUGUCAUAUUCUACUUGGCACCCACACUCCCUUCACUUCCCGAGCCCAGUCCCCUGUGCAUGUUUACAGUAUCGUUUACAGUGUGUUUAUACUUAAGAGUUUUUAAUGGAGGAUGGGUUAACUCUAAUGCUUUUACACCAAGGACAUCUUUAUGUAGCUGAGAGGCUCGUUGACGUGUGCAGCGCUUUGUAAAUAAAUAAUAUGCAUAUUUAUUUGCCAUGAUGACACAUGAUAUUCACGUCCAAAGGUUACUUUUUCACUUAGAUUUGUUUGAGUAGUCCAGAAUAAUCAAUGCGAAUUUGUUAUUUUGAGACUGCUCCACCCGACCGUUUUGAAGCACUUCCUCCGAGCCACCCUUGAAGGCUAGACUAGCUACCAUAGAAAGGCAACAAAAAGGUUGAAAACCAAAUAAGGUUUCCCAUUGGGAAUGACAAGUGGGGAUGUUCCACUCUGACAGUGCCAGGGUUUGAGGUUUGGAGGGUUAGUGAGGGGGUGUGUCCCAAUAAUAUUGCCUUUCUACUGAAGUGUACACUCGUUCACUACUUCCCAAAAAUCUAAAAGCAUUGGAUUAGUGGAGGCAUGCAGGGUGGGAAAUAACGUUUUUGGUCCACCAGCCACAGAAAACACACACACACACACACACACACACACACACACACACACACACACACACACACACACACACACACACACACACACACACACACACACACACACACACACACACACACACACACACACACACACACACACACACACACACACACACAAAGUCUUGUACAGCUAACCUUGUGGGGACACACAAUUCAGUCCCAUUCAAAAUCAUAUUUUCCCUAACCCUAACCUGUACUCUUACCCUAACCCUAAAACUAACCCUAGCUCCUAACCCUAACCUUAACACUAAACCCCCUAGAAAUAGCAUUUGACCUCAUUGGGACUAACAAAAUGCCCCCCAGUUUUUGUUUGUUUACUAUUCUUGUGGGGACUUCUGGUCCCCACAAGAAUAGAUAAACACACACACACAAACACACAAUUUCUAAAUAUUUUUUUUACAUGUGUGCUUUGUUGAACAAAAACCAAACUGCUCCCAAAUGCUCUGUGUGAUCACCCACCAAUGUGGCUGGUAAGAAUAGACAUUCUUCCAGCCAAUGCCAAAAUCUACCAGCAUUUGGCUGGUUUUUAUUUCCUACCCUGAAGGCAUUGGCUAGAGGCAGUUUCUACAGUAUUUAUUGUACCAGUUAUUUAUUUUCAAAUCAGUGAAGGGAAGUUAACAAGUGCACACUUUGGGAGGAAGGAGAGAUAAUUAGGACAUUGUCGAAGUCUCCUGUAACCCCAUUCACGCCAAAGUGUAGCAUGUCUGUUUGUACUAACCACAUAUGCAAAAAUGUUUUCAGCUGAAAGUGAAUACUGAUGUUUGGCUUCUUUUAUUUCCAUUUCUCAAUGGUUGUGCACAACUAUGGAUAUUUAACCUGCUUGCACUAUAUUGUAGAUGUAUGUAUUUAUUUAUUUAUAUACCUGAUUAUGCCUUUGGUUUGAUAUUGACUGUUAUUGAGCUAUUAGUGCUAUUAUUUGUAUUAUUACAUUAUUAUCAUCACUAGUAUUACUAUUGUCAUUAUUAUGGUUACUAUUUCUAUUUUCAUUGUUAUUUCUACUAGCGUUGUUGUUCUCUUUAUGACAUUACAAUAGAACAGCAGAAAACAAUAUUCUAUAAUGGCCUUCACUGUUAUUCAACUGAUUGAUUGUGAGCUUCCUUCACAAGAAAACUGCUCUAAAAAAAGCAUGUUUACAGUUAUAGUUACACAAUUCAUAUGCUUCGAAGGUAGAUACCUUGUGUGAUUACAACGAUCAUGACCAACCAGUUCAUGAGAUAAUUUAUACACAAACGUAAAUGUCUUUCAAGCCACCAGCUGAGUAAUCUCCACCUUUUCUUCAUGUCUUUUUAGUCAUUUCAUAUCUCUCAGGCCUUUCUUUCUCCUACUAAUUCAUUAAAAACAAAAUUAUUCCCAACCAAUUAAUGUUCUUCUUCACCUUCUAUUUUCUAUAGUUUAUUAUGAUAUUGUUAUAUACUAUUUAGCAGACGCUUUUAUCCAAAGCGACGUACAGUCAUGCGUGCAUACAUUUUUAUAUAGGGUUGGUCCACGGGAAUUGAACCCACAUUCCUGGCAUUGCAAGCAUCAUGCUCUACCAACUGAGCCAUUCAGGAUCACUAUACAAUUAUCUAUUUGCUCCCGUUUCCUGUUUGUUAUGCGCUAUUUCCUGUCCAAUAUAAUCUAUAUCCUGUUUGAUAUGUUAUCUCUUUGGAGGAGGGAUCUUGGGUGACUCCCAAAUGGGACCCUACUCCCAGGGCUUUGGUCAAAAGUAGUGCACUAUAUAGGGAAUAUGGUGCCAUUUGGGAGGUAUCCACAGACUGCAGUACCGGUGGUUCCAGACCAUCGGCCCACUUAGUUAAUCAGUGUUGUUCUUCUUAUUGUCGUUGGUUACGGAUCUAUACUAUAAUCCUGAAUCAGACAUCUGCGCCGACUUGCCUGACUGUGCAUGCCUUAAUUGACUGCUUUAUAAACAUACAGUAUGAGAAUGUAUGUACACUACUAUGUUAAUCCAAGAUAUUGAUAAAGAACUCUGUAUUGAUCUUGA